AUGUGGGCUCAACUCCUUCUAGGAAUGCUGGCCCUAUUGCCAGCCAUUGCAGAAGAACUUGCCCCAAACUACCUGGUGACAUUACCAGCCCAGCUUAACUUCCCCUCCACUCAGAAGGUUUGUUUGGACCUGACCCCUGGGUAUUAUGGGGUAAAAUUCACUAUUACUCUGGAGACCAAGGACAAGAUCCAGAAGUUGCUAGAAGAGUCUGGAAUGAAGAAGAGGCACUUACAUUGUAUCUCCUUUUUGGUACCGCCUCCUGCUGGUGGCACAGAAGAAGUAGCCACAAUCCGAGUGUCAGGAGUUGGAAAUAGCAUCAGCUUUGAGGAGAAGAAGAAGGUUCUGAUUCAGAGACAGAGGAGUGGCACCUUUGUACAGACUGACAAACCUGUCUACACCCCAGGGCAGCCAGUGUAUUUUCGCAUUGUCACCCUGAACAGUGAUUUCGUUCCAGUGAAUGACAAGUACUCCAUGGUGGAACUGCAGGAUCCAGAUAGCAACAGGAUUGCACAGUGGCUGGAAGUGGUGCCCGAGCAAGGCAUUGUAGACCUGUCUUUCCAACUGUCUUCAGAGGCAAUGCUCGGCACCUAUACUGUGGCAGUGGCUGGAGACAAGACCUUUGGCACUUUCAGUGUGGAAGAAUAUGUGUUGCCUAAGUUUAAGGUGGAAGUGGUGGAACCCAAGCAGUUAUCAACGAUGGUGGAUUCUUUCUUAGUAAAAAUUUGUUGUGGGUACACCUAUGGAAAGCCCAUGCUAGGGGCCGUGCAGGUGUCUGUGUGUCAGAAGGCAUAUACCUACGCCUACAUGUAUCGAGAGACAGAAAUGGAGCAACUGCCUGACAAAUGCAAGAAAUUCUCUGGACAGACCGACAAAGCAGGAUGCCUUUCAGCCUCUGUGGACAUGUCUACCUUCAACCUCACUGGCUACCCAUACAGCCACAGCAUCCAUAUUGCGGCUACGGUAGUGGAGGAAGGGACAGGUGUGGAGACCAAUACCACACAGGAUGUGUACAUUUCUUCACAAAUAGGAUCAAUGACGUUCGAAGACACCAAUAAUUUUUAUCAUCCCAAUUUUCCCUUCAGUGGCAAGAUAAGAGUUAGGGGCCAUGAUGGCACCCUCCUCAAGAAGCAUUCAGUGUUUCUGGUGACUUACGGCGUAAAUGGAACCAUCAGUCAGACCCUCAUUACUGACAACAAUGGUCUUGCUCACUUCACGCUGGACACAGUCCAUUGGGAUGGGAGAGACGUUUCUCUGGAGGGCAGGUUCAAAAUGGAGGAUACUGUAUAUAAUUCAGAGCAAGUGCCUCGCUACUACCAAAAUGCCUUCCUGCACCUGAGACCCUUCUACAACACAACUCGCAGCUUCCUUGGCAUCCAUCAGCUAAACGACGUCUUGAAAUGUGGCCAGCCCCAGGAAGUGUUGGUGGAUUAUUACAUUGAUCCAGCGGAUGCAAGCCCUGACCAAGAAAUCAUCUUCUCCUACUAUUUAAUAGGCAAAGGGAAUUUGGAGACGGAGGGGCAGAAAUACCUGAACUUUAAGAAGAAAGGACAGAAAGGUUCCUUCUCUCUCUCAUUGAUCUUCACUUCCAGACUAGCCCCUGAUCCUUCCCUGGUCAUCUACACCAUUUUUCCUGGUGGAGGAAUAAUAGCAGACAAGAUUAAGUUCUCGGUGGAGAUGUGCUUUGACAAUCAGGUUUCCCUUGGCUUCUCACCUGUCCAGCAGCUUCCAGGAGCGGAUGUGGAACUGGAGCUACAGGCAGCUCCUGGGUCCCUGUGUGCAGUCCGGGCUGUGGAUGAGAGUGUGUCACUACUUAGACCAGAGAGAGAGCUGAGCAACAGCUCUGUCUAUGGGAUGUUUCCAUUCUGGUAUGGUCACUACCCCUAUCAGGUCGCUGAAUAUGAUGAGUGUCCAGCAUCUGGCCCAUGGGGCUUUCCUCAACCCAUCAUUGACCCCGUGCCUGAAGAGCGUUGGAUCAGGCGUUCUUUUUUCUGGAGGCCCUGGUUCUCUGAAGGCGCUGACAUUUUCAGCUUUUUCCAGGACAUGGGCCUGAAAAUACUGUCCAAUGCCAAGAUCAAGAAGCCAGUAGAUUGUAAUCGCCAGUUUCCAAAUUACGCCACUGCAGUGGCAAGUGAUGGUAUUCGUCGAGAAGGUCUUCCGUUUUCAUCUUCAUCACCUCAGUCAGGCAGCUCUCAGGUUCGCCAGUACUUCCCAGAGACCUGGAUCUGGGAUCUGUUUCCUAUUGGUAACUCUGGGAAGGAGGCUGUCCAUAUCACAGUUCCUGAUACCAUCACCACGUGGAAGGCCAUGACUUUCUGCACCUCCCAGUCCAGAGGCUUUGGUCUUUCACCUACUGUUGGACUAACUGCUUUCAAGCCAUUCUUUGUUGAUCUGACUCUCCCUUACUCAGUAGUUCGUGGGGAAUCCUUUCGCCUUACUGCCACCAUCUUCAAUUAUCUAAAGGACUGCAUCAGGAUUCAGACCAACCUGGCUAAAUCAGACAAGUACCAGGUGGAAUCAUGGGCAGGCUCUAAGGCCUCCAGCUGUCUCUGUGCUGAUGAAGCAAAAACCUAUCACUGGAAUAUCACAGCUAUCAAACUGGGUCACAUAAACUUUACAAUUAGUACUGAGAUUGUGGAAAGCAAUGAACUCUGCGGAGGCCAGAAGGGGUUUGUUCCAGAAAAGGGCCGAAGUGAUACACUCAUUAAGCCAGUUCUGGUCAAGCCUGAGGGAGUCCUCGUGGAGAAGACACACAACUCACUACUGUGCCCCAAAGGAAAGGUGGCUUCAGAAUCCAUCUCCCUGGAGCUCCCUGUGGAUGUCGUCCCUGAUUCAGCCAAGGCUUUAGUUACUGUUCUGGGGGACAUUAUGGGCACUGCCCUGCAGAACCUAGACAGUCUGGUGCAGAUGCCAAGUGGCUGUGGGGAGCAGAACAUGGUCUUGUUUGCCCCCAUCAUCUAUGUCUUGCAGUAUCUAGAGAAGGCAGGGCUGCUGACUGAGGAAAUCAAGUCUCGGGCAGUGGGUUUUCUGGAGACAGGGUACCAGAGAGAGCUGAGGUACAAACACAGGAAUGGUUCAUACAGUGCCUUUGGGGAGCGGGAUGAAAAUGGAAAUACAUGGCUGACAGCCUUUGUCACCAAAUGCUUUGGCCAGGCUCAGGAAUUCAUCUUCAUUGAUGACAAGAACAUCCAGGAUGCUCUUAAGUGGAUGGCAGGAAACCAGCUCCCCAGUGGCUGCUAUGUCAAUGUGGGAAAGCUCCUUGACACAUCUAUGAAGGGUGGUGUUGAUGAUGAGAUCUCGUUGACUGCAUACAUCACAGCUGCAUUGCUGGAGAUGGGAAAGACCAUAGAUGAUCCAAUGGUGAGUCAGGGUCUGCAGUGUCUCAAGAAUUCUGCCAUGGCCACCACCAACCUCUACACACAGGCCCUCCUAGCUUAUACCUUCUCCUUGGCUGAGGAAGAGGACAUCAGGAAUAGUCUUCUUGAAAAAUUAGAUCAACAGGCUAUCAUCUCAGGAGAGUCUAUUCACUGGAGCCAGAAGCCUUCUCAGCCAUCGAAUGCCAGGUUUUGGUCUGAACCCAAGGCUAUAGAUGUGGAACUCACAGCAUAUGUUUUGUUGGCCCAGCUUGCCAAGGCCAGGCUGACUCAAAAGGAAAUAGCCAAGGCCACCGGAAUAGUGGCUUGGCUGGCCAAGCAACGCAAUGCAUAUGGAGGCUUCUCUUCGACUCAGGAUACUGUAGUUGCUCUCCAAGCUCUUGCUAAAUAUGCUGCCACUGCUUAUGCACCAUCUGAGGAAGUCAACCUGGUUGUAAAAUCCACUCAGAAUUUCCAACACACUUUCAAUGUACAGACUGUAAAUCGGUUGGUACUUCAGCAGAAGAAUCUACCUAAUAUCCCCGGAGUGUAUACCUUGGAAGCCUCCGGUCAGGGCUGUGUCUACGUGCAGAUGGUGCUCAGGUACAACAUUCUGCCUCCCAAAAAUGUGGAGACCUUUAGUCUUAGUGUGGAAAUGGGAAGAGCUAGAUGUGACAAACCUACUUCACCUCGAUCCUUGACUCUUACCAUCCAUACCAGUUAUGUGGGGAGCCGGAGUUCUUCCAAUAUGGCCAUCGUGGAGGUGAAGAUGCUAUCUGGGUUCAGUCCCAUGGAGGGCACCAAUCAGUUACUCCUCCAGCAACCACUGGUGAAGAAGUUCGAAUAUGGACCUGAUACACUUAACAUUUAUUUGGAAGAGCUUGGUAAGAAGACUCAGACUUAUACCUUCACUAUUACCCAAAGUGUGUUGGUCACCAACCUGAAACCAGCAACCAUCAAAGUCUAUGACUACUACCUACCAGAUGAGCAGGCAACAAUUCAGUAUUCGGAUCCCUGUGAAUGAGAAUAGAAGCUGGAAAGAUGCUAAAUGAAUCCUAUACGACAUUACAGGAGGGUGUAGCAUUCUGCCUCUUAAAAGCACAACUUAAUCAAAUCAUUUGAUUUCUCUGAUUAAAAGAUGGGUGGGUAACAAACGAGCAGGCCUGUACCUCAGCUUUUUUAUACUACCUCGCAGAUGCAUAGAUGCCAAGAUAAAGGGUUGGGGGAGAUAGAACAGGAAUAAUCACACAAAGGAGGAAUUCCAGGGGAAUGGGGGAGGGAGAUGUGGUCUAGCCAUUGGUUUAGUCAUUCAGGGAACUUUCCAGAGAGGAGACGGUGGUAAAGACUAAUCUAGGGAAGAUAAGACUGUCUUCCUGGGGGUUACAUCUAAGGUAAGAUGUGAUUUAUGGCUUUUGGUAUCGGCAAAAAAAAUAAAGCUUGGAGAAAAAAAUCUUUUCACUUUGUUCUAUGCAUAUCAAUGUCAAUACCACAGUUCUAUUUAAAGAUAAUGGUCAUCCUUUAACAAAAACUCAGAAUUUGGCUUUUCCUUAGAUCUUUUGAUCCAGCUCUUUCCAAGAAUCAUGUUGAAGGUAUACGUAGGGGUUAAAGUACCAGGUGCCAUGGAGAUGAUUCUGACUCCUGUUGACCCCAUGUGUGUCAGAGUAGAACUGUAGUCAGUAGGGUUUUCAAUGGCUGAUUUUUCAGAAGUAAAUCACCAGGCCUUUCUUCCAACACACCUCUGGGUGGACUCAAACCUCCAACCUUUCGGUGAGCAGCUGAGUGAAUUAACAAUUUGCACCACCCAGGACUCUGGGGGUUAGAGGAGAGAAUCCUAAUGAAGUGGUUCUGUUCAGCCAGCUCACCAUCACAGGGUAAACACAGAUUGAUAACAAGAAAAGUGACUGGCCAGGGUUGCCUCUGCUUCCCUGCUGCGUGAUUCUCUCAGCCUUGCCCACACAGGACACCUAUCAUGAUGUAAGCUCUUCCUUGGAGGAAUGUAUUUGUUUUGUAAACAGAGGUUAGAAGUAAAAGGGAUUCAGUGAGAAAAAUGAGUUAUAUUUAAAUAAAUAGAGAAGAUUCUCUGGGCAACUAUAUCCUUUUACCAUAGAUAGAUGUUCACACUCUGUAAUUGGUCCUCUGGAUCUUAAAGUCUGAUGGAAAGAAUCAGGGAAAAAUAAAUCCACACCGAAGAGAGUAUUUCCCUAAGCCCAGAGAUACAUUUGCUUAAACUGUUCAUUUCCUGCCUCCUCCACCCUAGACCCUGCCUUGGUGCGGCUUGUUGUUGUGAAUUGCCCUCUAGUGGUUUCUCACUCAUGCUAGGAGUUCCCAAAGUGAGGGGAGCUGGGGAAGAUACCCAAAGUAGGUCAUCCACUAGGUUCUCUCAGCCCUCAUAUCAAGGGAAGAGAACAGAGAACACUAAAGAAAAGAGGCUAGUCAGGACAGCUCCUCCCACUCACCCGAAGUCCCACCCCCUGUAUAUUUUAGUCCUUGGGUCUUGCCACAGCUUCUCCUCUUUUGGAACAGGGGGAGAUGGUGGUCCUUAGGACUCGAUAGGUUAUAUCUGGGCCGAACACAUUUUUAAAUGAUUACAAAAUCUCUUUAUUCUUGUAUCUUUUGGGGUUUCAGAUGCAAGGAAAAGAAUAGUCUUAUAACUUACGUUACCAGCUACACUGAAUACCAAAAAUCAGUUGCUGUUGAGUCAUUUCUGACUCUUGGUGACCUCCAUGUGUCUCAGAGUAGAACUGUGCUCCACAGGGUUUUCAGCGGGUGAUUUUUCAGAAGUGGACCACCAGGCCUGUCUUCUGAGGUGCCUCUGGGUGGAUUUGCAGCUGAGAAUGUCAACAUUUUGCA